UGGCACUAUUAUUUAUUAAAAGCGUGCGUAAAAACGCUUAAAUUUUUUUAAGCCAGAGAACUGCAGCUGCAACAAGAGCACGUGCCGACAGCAGCAACCCAACCCCGAAACAGAGCCUAGCAACCACAACAACCAGGAGCCCCAAUCGGAACUCUCUGCGUUUCAUUUAUUAAUGCGAAUUGGAUUUGUUUAGCCAGCCAAAAGUUGUCGAUGUAUUGGCAAAAGUAGAAGCAGCAGCAACGCAGCCCCAGUGCCAGAUACUCAGCGUCGACAUAGACGUAUUGUAAAUCGAUAAGCCAGCCGGCCCCCAAGAUACACCCACGCGGGCACACAGACGGACACAGAAUGGGCCAAACACUGUCCGAGCCGGUAACUGCCAAGGAGUCGUCGUACUGCCAGAACUCUGUGUUCCGUGUCGGCUCAAGCUGCAUGCAAGGAUGGCGCAUCAACAUGGAGGACUCACACACACACAUUCUCUCGCUGCCGGAUGAUCCGGGCGCGGCCUUCUUUGCCGUCUACGAUGGCCAUGGCGGUGCCACGGUUGCCCAAUAUGCGGGCAAGCAUCUGCACAAGUUCGUGUUAAAGAGACCCGAGUAUAAUGACAACGACAUCGAGCGGGCGCUACAGCAGGGCUUUCUGGAUAUUGACUAUGAAAUGCUGCACAAUGAGUCAUGGGGCGAUCAGAUGGCUGGCUCUACGGCUGUGGUCGUUCUUGUGAAGGAUAGCAAACUGUAUUGCGCCAAUGCCGGCGAUUCGCGGGCGAUUGCCUGCGUGAAUGGCCAGCUGGAGAUACUCUCCAUGGACCACAAGCCCAACAACGAGGGGGAGUCGAAGCGCAUCAUCGAGGGCGGCGGUUGGGUCGAGUUCAACCGUGUUAAUGGCAAUCUGGCACUUUCCCGGGCGCUGGGCGAUUUUGUCUUCAAGCGUUCGAACAAAAAGCCGGAAGAUCAAAUCGUCACAGCCUACCCGGACGUGGAGACACGGAAAAUCAUGGAAGAUUGGGAAUUUAUCGUACUGGCCUGCGACGGCAUUUGGGAUGUGAUGAGCAAUGCGGAAGUGCUUGAGUUCUGCCGCACUCGCAUCGGAAUGGGCAUGUACCCAGAGGAGAUAUGCGAGGAACUGAUGAACCAUUGCCUGGCCCCCGACUGCCAAAUGGGCGGACUCGGUGGGGACAACAUGACCGUCGUCCUGGUCUGCCUGCUGCACGAUAAACCCUACAGCGAUUUAAUUGCCCGCUGUCGGAAUAGCAAUAAGACGGCAUUCGAGCAAGACGCCGGCACGGCAACAAAGACCACACAGUCCAAUGAUAACAUGGCCGAGACACAGACCUCGAGCCCUACUACCACAAACACAACCACAAUCAGUCCCAAUUCCAGCCUGAUCACGCCCAGCGAGGCGACCAACAGUUCCGAAGAGCAGAAGAAACUGGAGAAGGAGGCACAAGAUCCGCUGCUGGCAGCAUCCGAGAUGCAGUUAAACUAUAUCUACUAGUGCGCCUUAUGAUUAAUUAGGGUAUCCUCGAAAUACCGCUUAGGUCAACUCUUUAUACUUACAAGUGUUCUUGGUUAAGUUUUAUAGACACAAGAGACACACACACACACACACCACAAACAAACAAACAUGCCACACACGCAAACAAUCCUUACCAAAAUGUUUAGCUCCCACGAAUAAUUUUUGUUUAUUUUAGUUUAUCCCCGCGUCCCGUCCCACCCUUAUCGAUGUGUGUAUGUAUAAUAUGUAUAUGAUAUGUACGAUUAUAUAUACAUUUGAAUUACUAUGUUUUGUGAUGCCCAAGCAGAAUGGAAAAAAAAAUUGUAUUACUCGUUUAGUAUUUAUGUACCUAAAACUAUACUUGUCAGAGUUUCGGGAUUGAUCUUUAUAAGGAGAAUGUUUUUUACCCAAAGGAGAAGAAAAAGGAAGACAAUGAGUUUUUGAAAUUGAAAAUAAAGCAAAAUGUUUUGUAGUGCCCAAAA